CGUGAUAGCUGGGGUCCUAUUCCGUGUCUGAGCGGCCAUGCAGCCUCCUCUGCCAAGCAAUAAGCGCUGCCCUGAAGCGCGAAGGGGACGAAAGGAAAUUACAGGAUGCUAUCAGCAAUUGAGUUCAAUUGGGGUUGAAUGAACAUCAUGUAAACCUGAAUGGAUUUAAACCAAGGAGUGGUUAUUUAUUUUGCUCCAACAUCCUCCAGUUUUCUUCUGGACUUAUUCAUCCAAAAUGCGGAAGAUGGUUCCAGUUGUGUGCUUUGCGACGAUGUUGCUCCAGGUGGCUCACUCGGCUCAGGGCCGGUACGCUCAACAGCUGCUCACCGACCUGAUGGAGAACUACUCAAACGCCCUGCGGCCGGUGGAGGACACAGACAAAGCCCUGAACGUCACCCUGCAGAUCACUCUCUCCCAGAUCAAAGACAUGGAUGAGAGGAACCAGGUAUUGAUAGCGUACCUGUGGAUCCGUCAGACGUGGCACGAUGCCUACCUGAGGUGGAACAAGGAGGACUACGAUGGCCUGGAGGUCAUACGGAUCCCCAGCAGCCUGGUGUGGAGGCCUGACCUCGUCCUCUAUAACAAGGCGGAUGAUGACUUCUCAGGGCCGCUAGACACGAACGUGGUGCUGCGCUAUAAUGGGGAGAUUACAUGGGAUGCUCCGGCCAUCACCAAGAGCUCCUGUGUGGUGGACGUGUCCUACUUCCCCUUCGACAGCCAGGAGUGCAACCUCACCUUCGGCUCCUGGACAUACAACGGCAACCAGGUUGACAUCGCCAUGGGCAUGGACAGCGGGGACCUGUCUGAUUUCGUGGAGAACGUUGAAUGGGAAUGCCACGGCAUGCCGGCCACCAAGAACGUCAUUAUGUACGGCUGCUGCUCCGACCCCUACCCUGACAUCACCUACACCGUCCUGCUCCAGCGCCGCUCCUCCUUCUACAUCUUUAACCUUCUCCUGCCUUGCUUCCUCAUCUCCUUCCUGGCUCCGCUGGGCUUCUACCUGCCGGCUGACUCUGGGGAGAAGGUGUCCCUGGGGGUCACUGUGCUGCUGGCCCUGACUGUCUUCCAGCUCAUGGUGGCCGAGAGUAUGCCGCCGUCUGAGAGUGUGCCGCUUAUUGGAAAGUACUACAUCGCUACCAUGACGAUGAUCACAGCCUCCACGGCUCUCACCAUCUUCAUCAUGAACAUCCACUUCUGUGGGGCCGAGGCCAAACCCGUCCCCCACUGGGCCAAAGUCCUCAUCAUCGACUACAUGUCUAAGAUCUUCUUUGUCUACGAGGUGGGAGAGAACUGUGCCACUGCCACCUCUUCCUCCUCCUCCUCCUCUUCCUCAUCACAUUUUGGCCAGGACGAUGUCCACCAACCCAACUUCAGCCCCCACCGCCAGGCCAAUGGGAAGCCGGGGGGCAACAGCGGGCGAGAGAACCAGUACCGCCACAAACACCCCAGACCCCAGACUCCUGGACCUCAACGUCACCCCAAGCCCCGACACCAACACCACAUCACCAGAGACGAGAAGAACCAUCUCUCCAGCUCCAAAUACGAGGGCUUUGAGUCCAACAGGAACCUCCCCCUGGGGGACUGCUGCAAGGAGGCUCCGCCCUGCUGUCCGGAGGAUGAAAAGACAGCCGUGGUCGCUGCUGCGGUGGCCUCAGUAACCUUUGGCCCCUGUGUGUUCUGUAGUCACGGCAGCAGCUUACCCGGGGUGGACUCCAAGCUGGUGCGGAACGUGGAGUACAUUGCCAACUGCUUCCGGGAGCAGAGGGCCACCUGCGCCAAGGGGGCGGAGUGGAAGAGGGUUGCCAAGGUGAUGGACAGGUUCUUCAUGUGGAUCUUUUUCAUUAUGGUCUUCCUCAUGAGCAUUCUGAUCAUCGGCAAGGCACCAUGACAAUGCUGGCCACCCACGUGUUGUUAUUGGAGACUGUUCUGCGCACGGUUUCCCAAAAGCAUAUUAAGGCUAAGUUCUUUGUUAGAACCAUAUGAUCCUAUGGUUCUAAGAUAAACUAUGGUUCUAAGAUAAACUUAGCCUGGUGCUUUUGGGAAACCAGGCCCUGUUCUUUUGUUCAUCAAGAAAGCAUUUUCAUGUAUAUUAUGUGUGUAAUAUGUCUUACUGAUGAAACUGAAGAAGGUGCAAAGAGAGAUGGCUAUUUUGAUAGAUAUCUAUGUUAUUUCCUCAUUUCUGUUAACCUUAUUGGAGUUUUAACAUUUCGACAAAUACAUUGAACUGCAUUGUGAGGAAAAACUAUAUUGCACUCAUGAUCAAUGUCCGGAUUAUCAUAAGCACGAUCAGUUACUGAAGUUUGUCAAUUCAUUUCACUCUUUCUUUUCAUCUCUGUGCAGAAAAUACGUUAUAUUAAAAAAAACAAGUAAACUCAAA